AUGACUGCUUGAGAUGCAUUAAGUUCAUUGGUCACUGACGUGAGCAAGCUACUGUUGAUGACCGUGGUGUAUUUGGAAACAAUGGUCUAAAGUUCUUCAAAGCAAAUGAGACUUCAGCCAAGUGUAUAUGUUAGCGCAAUCUUGAAUAUUCCGAACAGGAGUUCUAUGGAGUUGCUUCGCCAUGAAGAAUUGAACGACCAUUCGAUUUUGUGCUACCUUUAUUAACAAAACCACUGAUGGCUCGGGCUACCAACGUCGUUCCUUCGUGGAAACAUCGAUCAGUUUAUUGGAGGACAAUUGUGAACAGGCAGUUCAUCGACAACAAUGAAAUUUUUGUGUACGUCAAGAACCAUGGAAUCACAGAGGUAUUUUGUCUUGGUAGGCCAUGUCUAACGAUUCAUCGUCUUCAAAAAGCUCAAAUUGACAAAUUCGUUCCAUGUGGAAGUACAACUUCAUGUCCGAAAGCCAACAUCACCCUUAAGCGUUCCAAAGUGGGACCUCGAGUACAACCAGCGGGUGAUGUGACUUCACAAAAGAAGACUUCCAGGGGCAAGAUUCGUUCGACAACAAAGAAAAGUGAAAUAUCUGGCGCGAAAAAGAGAACUGGUACAGUGAGACAUCUAAAACAUCAACAUAACAACCUAUUGCCUAAUAUUCUAUGAUGUAUAUAAUAAAAUUCCACUUAUAAUA